CCACAUAUGUAAUAUAUAAGGACACAUAAGUUUUGUAGCUACGCUUUAAUUUUCUCAUCAAGCUCCAACUACCCUUUUCAAACCUUCUUUCUUCUCCUCUUUUUUCUUCAUCAAUUAGUUCAGCUUCUCGGAGACUAUACCCUCUCCCACACACUUCCUUUCCUUAUUUCCCUCUGCAAUUUAUUUAUUUAUUUAUUUAUUAGGAGCUGAUCCAGAUAUAUCUAUCAUAUAUGGCUGCCAAAGACAGCAUAGAGAUGGAGGAGGAGAGAUUGACGGCGGAGAUGGAUUUCAAAGAUUCAUCCUCCGUCGUCAUCAAGAUCCGCCGACGCUUGCCGGAUUUUCUUCAAUCCGUGAAGCUAAAGUAUGUGAAGUUAGGGUAUGGGUAUUCUUGUAAUUACCCGACCGCCUUGCUGGCCAUGAUUGCGGCGCUGUUUGGCGUCACGGCGUUUCAACUCACCGGUCUGAAAUUCGACCGGUUUUCUGAGUUUUAUAGCAGCCCCAGUCUGGGUUUGAUUGUGGACACGGCUACCGGUGUUACCGGUCUGGUGGUUCUACUUUUCUUUCUAGGCAUUUACUGGGCUCGGCGUCCUAGGCCGGUCUACUUGGUGGAUUUCGCCUGUUAUAAACCGGAAGACGAACGGAAAAUCUCGGUCGACUCGUUCUUGAAAAUGACCGAGGAAAACGGCGCGUUUUCCGGAGAUACUGUUGGUUUUCAGAAGAAGAUAGCUCACCGGUCCGGUCUGGGAGACGAAACGUACUUGCCUCAGGCCGUGACGGCUCGGCCGCCGAAUCUGUGCAUGAAGGAGGCCCGGGCCGAGGCCGAGGCGGUGAUGUUCGGCGCGUUGGACUCGCUGUUCUUGAAAACCGGUGUUAGACCGGAGGAAAUUGGGAUUCUGAUAGUGAAUUGCAGUUUGUUUAACCCCACCCCCUCCCUCUCCUCCAUGAUUGUGAACCACUACAAGCUCCGGGAGAAUAUCCGAAGCUACAAUCUCGGCGGAAUGGGGUGCUCGGCCGGGCUUAUAUCCAUCGACUUAGCCAAACAUCUCCUGAAAGCAAACCCUAAUACCUACGCGGUUGUGGUUAGCAUGGAGAACAUAACCUUAAACUGGUACUUCGGAAACGACCGCUCCAUGCUCCUCUGCAACUGUAUCUUCCGGAUGGGCGGCGCCGCCAUGUUACUCUCCAACAAACGCUCGGACCGGUCCCGGUCCAAGUACGAGCUCAUCCACACCGUCCGGACCCACAAGGGCUCCGACCCCAACAGCUACAACUGCGUCUACCAAAGAGAAGACGAACAAGGCGUGGUCGGAGUUUCCCUCGCUCGGGAACUCAUGGCCGUCGCGGGCGACGCUCUGAAGACAAACAUAACCACCCUGGGCCCACUCGUCCUCCCACUUUCCGAGCAGUUCAAGUUCCUCGUCACACUAAUCAAAAGAAAAGCCCUGAAGAACUCCAGGGUGAAACCGUAUAUCCCAGACUUCAAGAGAGCAUUCGAACACUUCUGUAUCCACGCGGGCGGGCGGGCGGUGCUGGACGCGCUGCAGAACAACCUUAAUCUAACCGAAUGGCACAUGGAGCCGUCGAGAAUGACGCUCCACCGCUUCGGGAACACUUCCAGUAGCUCUCUUUGGUACGAGCUGGCUUACACGGAAGCCAAAGGGAGAGUGGGGAAAGGGGACCGGGUUUGGCAGAUCGCAUUCGGGUCGGGCUUCAAGUGUAACAGCGCAGUUUGGAGAGCCCUAAAGAGUGUUGACAACUCGGAGCCUUCUCUGAAGGGGAACCCGUGGGUGGACUGUGUUCACCGCUACCCAGUCAAGAUUGAUAUUGAUAAUCCUCAUAAAUAAGCUAAGCGAUUCUAUUUAUAUUUUUAUAAUAUAUAUGUUACUAUUAUUGUUGUCAUCCAAAGUCCACUCGUAGCUAGCUAGCUUGCUAGUCGUACAUGCAUGUUAUAUUGUUGUUAUUAUUGUAAUUGUUACUGGAUGCCUCAUACAUCUUUUAUACUGCAGCCGAGUUAAGUCGUUGUCAAACAAGAAAGUGUACUUGAAAGUAAUUAAUCCAGAGAUUAAAUAUUUCAGUUCUA